CCGAGCUCGUGUGAGCGGAGCGCGCGAGCGCUACAAAUAAAGGAACGCGCGCACCUGCGAGUCUUUACAGCUCUGGAAAGGCAGAACUGAACACCAUCCUCCGGAACUCCCGCUCAUCGCAGCCUGAUUAAAAGGUGUGGAUAUGAGGAUGCCCUGCGGCUGGUUGCUCGUGCUGUUCUCUCAUGUGCUGCUGAUGCUCGCGUGUCCUCAACUCUCGCGCUGUGCGCUCGAUUAUCCGUCAUUCACGGACAACAGCGACCCCCAGGCUGAGGGCUAUGAGAAACGAUAUAAUGAUAUUGAUUAUGACAGUUUCAUCGGCCUGAUGGGCAGGAGAAGCGCAGGAACAAACCGUGACACAAAUCCACCAUUUAGACCUAACAUGAACGACAUCUUUGUUGGAUUGUUAGGACGGAGAAACACUGUGUCUGGUAUUCCCGCUUGGAGAGGACAGAGAAGAGGCAACAUUUUCUUAAAGGGCAGAAGGCAGAGGUUUUGCUGUGGUGUAUGAAGCCGGACCUCUUUAACCCAGAAUUCAUGCAAUUUUGCCAAUCUGGAGAAAAAAUAUCCGUCUUUGUACGAUAACUAAGCUGUAUGAGUUCGUUUAUUGUCAGUGAGUUCAUUGUAGUAUAUUUUUUCCAUUUUGCAGGAUAAGAAUUCUAAGCCAUUAGUAUUCCCGAAUACAGAACGCAUCAGACAAAACAUGUGUUAAGACUUUUCAGCAACGACAUAAAAGACAGAUGAAUAUAUAAAAAGGUACACACUGUAAAUGUUAUUGCUCAUACCUUAUUUAUUUUGCAUAUGCUUAUUUAAAGUGCUGCAAAAAUACUAUUUUAUUUAUUCAUAGAAGAGACCACAUAAGAGCAGUUUAAUGUAAAAUAAGUCUUUAUUUAAUAUGCUGGUUAUUAUUCCUCAUUGAAUUAUUCUUGUCACAACUUUGCCUCACACACUCUUUUAUAAAUAAAAGAUUGCUGUGGAA